CCAAACAAAUCAUCAUUUCGAUAUUCCAUCAUCACCAUCAUUCAAUGGCUACAUCACUAACAACACCAAAGCUCAAUACGUCGUCGUUUUCAUCAACUCUUCAAACCCUAAUUUAUUCCAGUAAAUCUAAUAAUAAUAAUAAACACAAAAUCUUCGCUCACACUUCACCUUUCAUUUUUCCCCCUAAAUCCUCCUCCUCCUCCUCAUUACUAUUUAAUUUCAAUAAUUUAAAAUUUACAAAAAAAUCCCUAGGAUUUCGGAGAUAUGCUACAAAAGCGGAAUCGAGUAGUAACGGCGGAGCAGAGCCACGUCAGUAUGAUUAUGAUUUGUUUACAAUAGGUGCCGGAAGUGGCGGUGUUAGGGCUUCACGUUUUGCCGCCAAUUUUGGUGCUUCUGUUGCUGUUUGUGAACUUCCUUUUGCCACUGUUUCUUCUGAUACCACUGGCGGCGUUGGCGGAACGUGUGUGCUUCGUGGAUGUGUACCAAAGAAAUUGCUUGUUUAUGCUUCAAAAUAUUCUCAUGAAUUUGAGGAGAGCCUUGGUUUCGGAUGGUCUUACAGCUCUGAACCAACACAUGAUUGGAGUACCUUGAUGGCUAAUAAGAAUGCCGAGUUGCAGCGUCUUACUGGAAUCUACAAGAACAUCCUAAACAACUCGGGAGUGAAACUGAUUGAAGGACGUGGAAAGAUAGUGGACCCACACACAGUGGAUGUUGAUGGGAAACUUUAUACUGCUAGAAACAUUUUGGUUUCAGUCGGAGGGCGUCCAUUCAUUCCAGAUAUUCCUGGAAGGGAGUAUGUGAUAGAUUCAGAUGUUGCCCUUGAUUUGUCAUCAAAACCUACGAAAAUUGCAAUAGUUGGUGGCGGUUACAUUGCAGUUGAGUUUGCUGGUAUCUUCAAUGGAUUGCAAAGUGAGGUGCAUGUAUUUAUUCGUCAAAAGCAGGUUUUGCGUGGGUUUGAUGAAGAGAUUAGGGACUUUGUUGCAGAGCAGAUGUCCUUGAAAGGAAUUGAGUUCCAUCCAGAGGAGUCGCCACAGGCUGUGAUCAAAUCUUCAGAUGGGUCGUUUUCCUUAAAAACUAAUAAAGGAACUACUGAUGGCUUCUCACAUGUUAUGUUCGCCACAGGGCGAAAGCCGAAUACAAAGAAUUUAGGCUUGGAGACUGUGGGUGUGGAACUUGACAAAAAUGGAGCGAUACUGGUCGAUGAAUACUCUCGUACAUCGGUUCCAUCUAUUUGGGCUGUUGGAGAUGUUACUGAUAGAUUGAAUCUUACUCCUGUUGCUUUGAUGGAGGGAGGGGCAUUAGCCAAAACGCUUUUUGCCAAUGAACCUACGAAACCAGAUUUUAGGGCUGUACCAUCAGCAGUAUUCUCCCAGCCACCAAUCGGGCAAGUUGGUCUUAGCGAGCAACAGGCAAUAGAGGCACAUGGUGACAUUGAUGUCUAUACAGCAAAUUUUAGGCCCUUAAAGGCUACUCUAUCUGGCCUCCCUGAUAGGGUGUUUAUGAAACUGGUGGUGUCUGCAAAGACUGACCAAGUGGUGGGAUUACACAUGUGCGGUGAAGAUUCUGCGGAAGUUGUUCAGGGAUUUGCUGUAGCUAUUAAAGCUGGAUUGACCAAGGCACAGUUUGACUCGACCAUCGGUGUUCACCCUACAUCGGCUGAGGAAUUUGUCACCAUGAGAACGCCUACCAGAAAAAUCCGAAAUUCUUCUUCUGGGGGUAAGACAGAUUCCGAGGCUAAAGCUGCUGCAGGAGUUUAGCAAGAGUCUAAUCAAGUAAAUCGCCUUGUAAUACUUGCUUAUAAGGUACUUGGUUUAGUGCAAGAUCCUGCAAGCAAGAGUUGUAUAUCUGAGCUGAGAUGUUGCCUGGUGACAUGAAAAGAUUAGUCACAACAGAGGAGUUGUACUGAUGUUCUUACCUUCAAGAUCUGUUGGUGGAAGAACCAUUAGCAGGACACAGCCGUCGUUCACAAUGUCAAUUUGCACUCACCAGUUGAUAAAAAAGAAAAACGCUACAUAUCCGUGUAUUUUAUUACCAUUCUUGGUUAAAUUCUAUGGAAUCCAUAUAUCUCCUCAUUCAGUGUCUGUAUUUGGUUGUUUUGCCGAAGUAAAUGAAAUGAUGUACAUUUUGCAUA